GCCAGAGAACCGAGCUGCCUAUCUAGGAGGGCAGGUGCGGAGCCACCCGAGGACACCAGCCAGUAGUGGAAGCGGGUCCCGCGGUGCGGCGAUCCUCCCUAGGGCUGCCUGGUCCCCAGCCGCUUGGCAGCUGCGCCGAGCCCAGCCCGGCGAGGGGCGCGCUCAUGGAGCACACGCACGCCCACCUCGCUGCGAAUAGCUCGGCUUGCGGCUUAGGCUUCGUGCCGGUGGUCUACUACAGCUUCUUGCUGUGCCUCGGGUUACCAGCAAAUAUCUUGACAGUCAUUAUCCUCUCUCAACUGGUAGCCAGAAGACAGAAGUCCUCCUACAACUAUCUUCUGGCACUUGCUGCUGCUGACAUCUUGGUCCUCUUUUUCAUUGUCUUUGUGGAUUUCUUGUUAGAAGAUUUCAUUUUGACCAUGCAGAUGCCUCUGAUCCCUGACAAGAUCAUAGAAGUUCUAGAGUUCUCCUCCAUCCACACUUCUAUUUGGAUUACGGUCCCCUUAACGGUUGACAGGUAUAUCGCUGUCUGUCACCCACUCAAAUACCACACAGUUUCCUACCCAGCCAGGACCCGGAAAGUCAUUCUGAGUGUUUACAUAACUUGCUUCCUGACCAGUAUCCCCUACUACUGGUGGCCUAACAUCUGGACCGAAGACUACAUCAGCACCUCCAUGCAUCAUGUCCUUGUCUGGAUCCACUGUUUCACCGUGUACCUGGUGCCCUGCUCCAUCUUCUUCAUCUUGAACUCCAUCAUUGUGUACAAGCUUAGGAGAAAGAGCAAUUUCCGCCUCCGUGGCUAUUCCACAGGGAAGACCACUGCCAUCUUGUUUACCAUUACCUCCAUCUUCGCCACCCUCUGGGCCCCCCGCAUCAUCAUGAUUCUCUACCACCUCUACGGAGCACCCAUCCAGAACCCUUGGCUGGUCCACAUCAUGUUGGAUGUUGCCAACAUGCUAGCCCUUCUGAACACAGCCAUCAACUUCUUUCUCUACUGCUUCAUCAGCAAGCGCUUCCGUACCAUGGCAGCUGCCACACUCAAGGCCUUGUUCAAGUGUCAGAAGCAGCCUGUACAGUUCUAUACCAACCAUAACUUUUCCAUAACAAGUAGUCCCUGGAUCUCACCAGCAAACUCACACUGCAUCAAGAUGCUGGUGUACCAGUAUGACAAACAUGGAAAGCCUAUAAAAGUAUCCCCGUGACCCCACAGGGCUGGCACUUGUGCCUCUGUGUAAUGUUUCCAGAUGAGAGGGUAUCCCAUCCUCUGGCUGAACAGCUCUCCUUAAGAGUGCUAACCUGAUUUCCAAUCUCCACAGACUGAGCAGCUCUCAGGCUGCCAGAUGAGAAGAGAUGGAAGAGAAAAGAGGAGAGCAUGAAUCUUGGUGUUUGAGGGUUUUUCUUUUUUAAUGCACGUAUUUUCACAAAAUCAUACUGACAGCCAAAGGUCCUGCUGGCUUGAAGACGCCACUGGCACUUAUAAAUGCCAUCAUAUUGUGACCAAUAAAGACCACAGUAGAGAAGUAGUUAGUGCUGGUACCAUCCACAGCCACUAGGAACUAACCACUCAUGUGUGUGAUCCACCAAGUCACCGUGGUGUGUAGCUGAGCCACACUCUUCUUCCAAGAGUCAGGUCAUCCCUCAUUUCCUUGUGCCAUUGCCAGCAGCUAACAGGGCUGACUGAUUUGGAUUUUUUUUUCCAAAGGUGCCCUUUGUCCCAGGCAAAGCUGUGGUCUCCAAGUGGCACUGGCGACUCUGGCUGCAGCAUGACAACAUGGGGAAACGGACGUGUCACAUCCCAUCCAAACUGUUGCUGGAAUGUCUACAGGGAGGUUCCAAACCCACAUGACUAUGUCCCUUAGACUUGGGGGUCUAAGGUGCAGUUUUCUAUUUGCCAUAAUGUAUAGAUUUUAUGUCUCCUCUAAAACAAAGACCCUGCCUGUUGUGUGGGGGAAAAGGAGGAACUCUUGAGCCCAGAAAAACAAAAAAAAUCAAGCCCACUCUUGCCACUGUUUUGAUUCAUCCCUGUGUGUGCUGUAUACAAUCCUUGCAUUCAAAUCAUCUUCCUGCGGCACCCCACGUGCUUGCUAGAGAAGCCUUUUCUGUGUCAAGCUGUUAGUCCUGCCCCUUGCCUGCUCAAGCCCUCACCAAUGUUGCUUUACUUGAAGUGACUUCUUAACUGGAGAUACUAAUUGGGGGGUCAGAAACUGAAGCUCUUCUGGUGGGAAGGAAGUGUGUAGAUCCCACCACAGCCCAGCUAGCAUUGCUGUAUAGGACCCUAAACACAAACACAGAGGGGUGGCUGUGACAUAGAGGAGUGGCUAUGCCAACCACUGUUCUGGCCUUUGAUGUAAGUGGCUCAGUUGGGGGAGGGGUGCCAGCUAUCAGUAAAGCUGUUUAACUCAGAUGUUUCAAAGAUGCUAAAUUUUAUUUAUUAUUUUCCCCUUACCUGUUCAAGGUAAGAAGAAACCUAGGAUGUGGAUAGGGGCAUCUCUGAGGAUUACCACGUGUAUGUGCAGACAUGUAGCACAUAUAUAUAGACAUGACUACAUUAAACUGUUGUGUGGUGUGCUUUAAAAGGGAUGUUCACACUAGAGUUACCCUUAUUUGUGCAUUUUAUUUGUGCCCCUUUUCCAGAUCCUCAGCAUUUGAAACCAUCCCUGGUUUGGAAGAAAUCUUCCAAAAUGGUUUUGGAAACUGCAUGAUAUUUUUGAUGUCCAAACUAAACAGAGUCACCUGAAACACUUAGCCCCAUAGACUUGAUUUAUACUGCAUUUUCUCUCUCAAUUGAAAGGUCUGUCCCUAUCACCUUAAGGGGUUCUAUAGCAAAAGAGUGGGAUGGAAAGGCCCCUGGAGCAACACAAGUACCAAAUUUCCACCAAGGCUAUUCUAUACUAACCCAAUGCAAUUUGAAGUUGUAUUGUUUCUAUCCCUGUUAAAUGGCUUAUGGGAGAGUCUCACCAAACCCAAUAGUUAGAUUCUGAAGUCAGUGCAAAAGUGGAUGAACUCAUGGGGCUGUGGUUCCUGCACACAGUCCUCAGGAAAAAAAGACCUCUGAACACCCAAGAAGCUUCAUUUUGAUCCAGCAUUGAGACGGGCCAAUGAUACUUUGGUUGAAGAUAAUACAGAGUCAGCUGGUGUUUAGGGGGUGUGUCCUACUAUUGUGAUGUAUCUGAGAAAAUCAGGAUUACCUGGAUACAGCAAGCCACACCCACCAAAAAGUCUGCAGAAGUUACUCACGUGAGGGAUGAACUGAGUCCUAGCUUCCAUCUUGCUUGCUCCCUAGAGCAUACACUCAAUGAGUGAAAUGUGAGCAAAUCCCCCACAUCUCUUGAAUUGCAUUUCUUUCAUUUUUCCCCCAAGCAUGUACAAUCGAAUGUAUGUUCAUUAGCUGUGUGUAUGACACAAUUCCAUUGCCCUUCCCCCGUAUGUAAACAUUAACCAAAGGUUACCUAUGCUGAGUAUAUAUUAUAUAUGUGUGUGUUUAUUUAUUUUUAAGACACAUAUCUCUAAAAAUGUUACCUUGAGCUAUACAUAAAUGAUUCAAAGUGCAAUAUCUAUAAAGGUUAAGCAAUUCCUUUUUGAGAAUGUACACAGGAUGAGAAGUUAGUCUUUGACUCUCAGUGCUGCCUGCUCUGUGUUUUAAAUUGUGUGUAAAACAAUUAAUUAUUUAAAGGCUGGGUGUGCACUGGGAAUGCUCCCCAGACACUCAUUUAUGACUUUUCUUAAUAGUACAGGUUCUAUUAGGUAGGUAUGGCAGCAUCUCUUUCUUCUGACUACAUUUCUAUUUCUCUAAGCAAUUUUUCAAACUAAUCCAUAAAAGCACCCCAGAGAGCUGCUAUAUCUUCUGUUUAAUAUAUACAUGGAUACCCUUUUGGUUAGUUGCUAUAUAUCAUAGCCUAUAUAUGUAUGUAUAUAUACAUAUAUAUGUAUACCUUUUAGUAUGUAUAUGUAUAUAUAUAUGUAUAUGCAUGUAUAUACAUAUAUAUAUACAUAUCCUAAAGUUUAAGUAUUUAAGAUUUCAGAUUGAAUAUUCAUUUAUUUACUAUUUAUAUUAAUAAUAACAAACAAUGAUGAAGAUGUUUUCUUUUUAACUUUAAAGAUUAUAAGCCUUUUCUUUCAGGCCAGGUUUGAAAGACGAAGCUUGUCACAUAAACAGCUGCUGCUAAGGACAAACACCUUAGCCUGGGUUUUUGUGGUGCUUCUUUCAAAGACUGUUGUUCACUAUCACCUCCAUUGCUGUAUGAUUUGUGUCCUUGGACAUGGUGACAGUGCCACACAUGUACAUGCUGAGUCUCUUUCUUAACAACUGGAAGCCUGGGGAAAGAGAUAAGGGGGACAGCAGACAAACCAUAAAAGAUAAGCCAUGCGAAUGAAUGAACAUCCCUGCUCCAACCACCUUGCAAUAGGAAAGGGUUAUUUUGCACAGCUGGUGCCUACUUGUCCAGCGUGGGGAACCCUUAGGAAGUGCAUUAAUGACUCUAAUGUUGACGACUACUACUGCUCAAAAAGGGAACACGAGGUUACUACAGAUAAACAGUAAAUGCUCAUAUUUUCUUAACUAGAUAAUAUAUUGUGUUUGGACUAGUUUGUAUUCUAAUUCUAAUAUGGUGCACACUUGGUGUUUGCUAUUUGCAUAUAUGUUCAACCACCUGCAGUAUGCUGGGUUUUAGUUAUAUUAUUUUUAAUUGAUAAAUCAUAAUUGUAUACAGUUAUGGGGUGCCGUGUGAUGUUUUGAUAUGUGUAUUAAAUGUGCAAUGAUUAAAUCGAGCAAAUCAAAA